AUGCUUGAUCUGGAGGGCGUCGUCAGCGGGCGGUGUGGCGCGGCGCGAGGAGAUGGCAUGCUCGCGAGCGUUCCGUUCACCGAAUUGACCGCGGGCCACGCGGAGCGUAGUACACAGUGGUCCCCGUCCCACUCGAUCGAGCAUACGCCGGGGCUUCGCGGUGUGGAUGCGCUGGACGAGGUCCGCGCGUCGCUCGACGACGUGUACCGGCUCGGGCUGCGCACGCGCACACGGCGGUUCGUCUUGCGUGUGCCGGGCCCGGACGAUGCGCAGGAGGUCGACGUGUCCUGCAUACGACUGCGACACCCCCUCGCGGACACGCGGCUGGCGGUGCUGGAACUCGUGGUGCGCAAGGAGUGGUGCGCGACGGGGGCGGCGCUCCGGGAGGCGUUCACGGAGGAGGAGAGGUGCUGGGAGAGCGUCAGGGAGCUCUCACUCGAGCUGGAAUUUGACGGGACGCUCGAGCGGGCGGCGUGCGCCGUCCUGCCCAUCUCGUACAUGCAAGCGUCUGGGCGUCGAGAAGAACACCGAGUCCCGCCCUCUGCGUUCCAGCUCUCCGUGAUCAAGGACGCAGUAGCUGUACAUCCGGCACAACGCGUCUUGCACACCGUCGGCCUGUGCACACGCGGCUUCGACCUCGCGGAGGUACGGCAGGGCAAGGUGGAGGUACGACUACCAAUUCUCUGCGUCUUCCGUCCCUCUGGAUCCGAGGUCAUUCUCGCCAAGAUCAAGUCCUCGGAUGAGGACGUCACUGUCGGAUUCUUUAGCGACGUAUACGUCCCCCUCGUUUACCUGCCGGAUCCACGCACCUUGUAA